GGGGGCAGUAGAGGGGCUUUGUUAUUCUUAUGACUGUAGAAGUAGAGCACAAAGCGGAAGCAGAUGCACCAGUCACCCCGAUACAGAAAACAUGGACAGACGACAUUGAUAAACAGACAUGUCUGCAUUUUGUGUGAGAUGGUUGCUGACCCAUGCAGUGAGGACAGUAAACAUUGGCGUUCCCAGCUAUGUGACAGCUGCAUCAAGAUUUACUGUGUGCAGUCAGAGAUGUCAUAUUUUGACUGCCUCCUGGAGACGAUCACCAUUCUGCACAGCAGUAGAUGACACAGGGCAGACAGAAGAGACUACUGCACCGAAGAAGAAAAAGCAGAAUCCCCGGGGUACUGCCACCAUUGGCAGUGUUGGCCGUAAGAUCCCUCAUCGUCUUGUACAGCUGAUAAGUGAGACAGAAGAGGACCUGGGCACCAUGCACCGUGUAGAUGUCAUCAAGAUUAUGGAUGAGCAGGGUCUUAAACUAGUGCUGCUCAAUGAACACAAAGAUCCUCCAGUCUAUCGCCUGAUGAGCGGCAAACAGAUCCACGAAGAACAGUUAAAGCUGCGGGAGAAACAGAAAAAGAAACCAACUGUUGUGCAGGUGAAGGAACUCACCUUUUCAGUCAAUAUCACAGCUCAUGACCUCACAACCAAGUUGAAGCAAGUGGAGAACUGGCUGGAGAAGAAGCACCAUGUUCGAAUUACAUUGCGGUCAGGACGAAGGGAACCAGUCGCCAACCUGGACACAACUUUGGAGAAUUUGCUGCAACAAAUUGAGGUACAGGUCGGAUUUGUUGCCAAGCCACAAGUCACACGUGAUGGUCAAGCAGCCAAGUGCACUCUUCGACCACCUUCAGCAAAGGAACUUUCACAAAAAGCCAAGAAACAGACUUCAGAGUCUGGUUCAGAGGCCACUCUGUCCAACACAUCGCCUCCAAGCACCAGGGACUCAGCAGGAGGCUCUGUGCAGCAGUGAGAGAAUGGAAAUAAAGGUUUUCUGUGCUUCAGUG